ACUGAAAAAUUACAGUAGCAGAACAACGACAGCACCAGCACUACUCAGAACAUAACACCGAAAAAAAGUGAGCGAAUUAAAAUAAAUCGCAAAAAGUGCGAGCACACAUUUAUUCGCUUUGUUUUGGGGAAAAAAAAAACAAAACAACUGCAAAUGUGCCUGCACUGCUGCUGCUGCCCACAUUCCAGCAAACAACACACACAACACGACAAAUCGCAGCUAUAAAAGCCUAAUACAGUCUUUGUCUUAAAGCGAGACUCGAAUCCAGUGCGAAGCUGGCCGGAGAGACUCACAAGUGACAAGAGACAAGCAGAGUAGUGUCCAGCAGGAAACACUGGCAAUCAGUGCAACGGAACUGGCUUCCUGCCUUCCACGCAGAGUGUGAGGAAAUUGUGAAAAAAAGAAAUAUAUAUAAAAAUAAGAGUCGAGGAAAUCCCCCUAUUUGCUGCUAUCAGCAAAUCACAGCACAGAACCGACGAACCAAGAUGGCGGCAGCGGCGUCGGCAGCUGUCCAGGGCCACAGAGCCAUGGAUGUGGUCGUUUUCGUUAUAUUGCUAGCCCUGGCCACACUGGGGGGAGUCGUCAGCCUAAAACGCACACCCAUGCUGCAGGUGGAUGCCCUGCGCACCGAGUACAUAAGCCUGGAGCGGGAUCUCUGGGAGUAUCUGGAGAAGACGGCCAACAGCCAGAACAACAAGGAAACGCAGCUGCGCAAGAUCUUUGUCUCGCAUCGCGAUUUCAAUGCGAAACCCUUCAUGGAUCACUCCUUUGAGGUGCAGCGCUAUGAGAUCCUUAAACACUACGAAUGGUCGGUUCUGGAGCGAGAACUGGAGCAUAUAGGCCAACUGUUUGACGAGUAUAAGGAGACAUUGUCGAAGCAGAACAACAGUGCCCAGCUGGAGGAGCGUGAUAUUCUCGAACUAGCCCAAAAUGUUUUUCGCGAGAGUAAUACUGCACGCAUCCUGCAGGAGAUACACCGUGUGAUGGUCCAGCAAACACUCUACUACAGAGCCAUGGUGGCCUCCACAAACGAAAUAUGCAACACCCAGCAAUCGGCGCAACAGUUUGUGUAUUCACUUUAUGCGGACAUCGCUCUGACCGAACUGAAGGCCUACACCAUGAUGGAGUUCUCGUGGAUGAUGCUGCGCGUCUAUGGCAAGGGAAAUUUCACACAGGAGGCCGAACUGAUGCGCACCGACUAUGAGCGACGCACGGAGCGAACACUGAAGCUGCUCAAGGAUGUGAUGACGCGGGCCGAUCGCAUUGUUUGGCGCUGUGAUCCCAAGAAGCAUGUGGCUGGCGUCACCUACGACGAGGUGACGCGCUUGCUUCAGGGCUACAUCGAGAACGAGGUGGAUCUGAACAAUGAGGAGACAUGCCGCGAGACCUGCUCCUUCUACCAGUCGACACGCAGCGAAGGCUGCUUCAAGGAUCUCUACUGCGCCCGUCAGCCCAAGUGCUCGGGACGUUUGUACAACUGCCAGUUUGUCGAUUCGGACAUGUGGGUGUGCCCCUCAUCCAAGAACAGCACCAGGCGGUACGAGUACAUCGAGUACGAGAACGGACGAACGCUGGGCAAGCGUUCGAAUUGUGUGCGCGGCACAACCAAAGUGGACAGCUGGUGGCGCUACCUCUUCUGGCAUUGCAGCUACUGCUUCUGCAUGUGCGACGAGCAGGGUCUCAAGUCCGAUCGUUUCUUCAAUCUGCGCGAGGCCGUGUCCGAUGUGAAGCGCAACAGGGUCGUGACUGGACUGCGUUUUGUGAAGAAGAAUCGAAUCUUCCAUCUGCAGAUACAGGAGGGAGAGCUAUUGCCGCGCGGCGGCAUCAAUCACACGACACUGUCGUGGAAGCCCGUGGAGAAUUAUAACAUCUUUGACAGGGACGUGAAGAAGGGCACCGACUAUCACACGCUCAGCUAUGAGAGCCGCUCCAUUGAUCUGGACGAUGUCAACACGGAUGACAAUAGCUUUGUGGUAACGGGCGUGCGUUUUCGUGUGGUUGGGGCCCAUCUAAAUCUGGAGGCAUGCUACAGCGAAUUCGAUUUCAAGACGGGCCAGCUACAGCAGCCGGAGGUGAACAGCUACUGGAAGUCCAACGACAACACCGAUGUCAGCGGUGACAGCAAGACGCGCAGGGAAAAAGUGAGCCUUUCGAAUGCGGACGUAUCCACUCGUACCAUCACCUACUCGAUACCUCAGUCACGCCACAACCAGUAUAUCGAGUUCACCAACACGGACCUGGAUAAGGAUGCGGCCCAAAGCACAGUGCCGUUCAUGGAUGUUCAGGAUGUGAUAUCGAAUCCUCCAGUGCCGCUGUCGGGUAUUGGCAUCUACUACAAGGGUCGCAACGGCUAUGGCGGCUUCCUGGGGCCCAAGAUCAUCACCUAUGACUUUACGCCCCAUGUCCAGGUGCCCAAGAACAAAUAUUAGGGGAUGACUCUAAGCAGAUCGGAUCGGAUCGGUUCGGAUCACAUAUUUCCAUAGCUUUCUUAGUUGUACAACCUACCUAACUACUACCCUCCCCUCUACCCCACAAAAUAUACCUUUUGCAAUUAAUUUUGUGUAGUCCUAGUAGUGUGAGGAUUCGAAUCAGACACCAGAGAAUAUAAACUAAAUAAUAUUGGAAUUAGCCAUAAAUAAAGAGAACAAAACAAGCCA